ACAUGAUGUAUACGCCAACCGACUCUCAAUUCUGAAACCAUCUUUCAUUAUAUGCCUCUCUUGUAGUUGCAGUUAUCUUCCUCCCAUUUUAUUAAUCUCCCCCAUCAAAUCUUCUUCGUCUUUUUAAUAAUUCAACGCCUUCUUGUUCAGUUAUGGUGGAUCUUCAAACUGUCUGCUGCAUGUGCGGAGACGUUGGUUUCGCCGACAAACUCUUCCGCUGCAACAAAUGCCACAACCGCUUUCAGCACUCGUAUUGCAGUAACUAUUACAGCGAGUUCUCGGAGCCGACUUUACGGUGUGAUUGGUGCCAAAGCGAAGAAAGAAACUCGAGGCACGGAAGCUCUUCAAAGAAAUCACCGGGUGGGAACGGAACUGGAAUGAUUGUGAAGCUAUCAGAGUAUUCGGGUGACAAAAUCAAGCAACAUGAUCGAGAUUAUGAGAAUCAAAAAGGGAAGCGCAGUGGCGCUCCUUCUCCAAGGCCAACAACACGCAGGUACAAGCUUCUCAAGGAUGUCAUGUGUUAAAAAAACACUUCAAAAAACAACCCAUCUACCAAGAAAAAAACAGGAGAACCUUUUCUGUACUGGUACUAGUAGCAACUAAGCAAAUGUUUCUAAGGUUUAAUCCAGUAGUGUCUUCUUUUGAGGUUUCA